AUGGAGAUAGUGCAAAAUGUGAUGCUGGCCCUUGCUCUCCGUCCAUCCCCAGCAUUCAAGCCCGCUGCCAUCUGCAUGCUGAAAUGCCCUCUUUGCCUCCCCUCCCUCACCUCCCUCAGCUCUCUCACCUUCAUCGCCUCUCUCCUCUCCAUCUCACCUCCCUCACCUCUCGCACCUUCGUCGCCUCUCUCCUCCCCAUCUCACCUCCCUCACCUCUUACCUCUCUCCUCUCUAUCUCACCUCUCUCACCUCUCACCUCUCUCACCUCUCUCACCUCUCUCACCUCUCUCACCUCUUACCUCUCUCACCUCCCUCACGUACUUUUCUGUGCAGCUUCCCUCCCGCCUCCCAUCAGUUGGAACGGCCCCAACCCACGGGCAGGUGGGGGUGCCGCCAGUGCAAGUGGCCAUGGCUGUCGAUGUCGAUGCUGCUGAGCUGGCAGUCGCAAUCUCCCGACUCCAUUUGUCUGUCGGAUGA